AUGGGCAAGAAGACGAACUGGACGACGGCCGAAGACCAGACGUUGUGUCGCGUGUGGCUGAGCGCUAGCGACCUGCAGCUCCACGGUGGGGACCAGAAAGCCUCCAAUUUCUGGAACGUAGUGCUCGAGCUGUUUCACCAGGAGGUGGAGUCGCCUGUCGAGCGGCCGCUCAACGGUCUCAAAGUGCGCUGGACACGGAUCAAUCGCGACUCGCAAAAGUUCGCGUCGAUCUUUAAUGAGCUCCAGGGCAAACGGAUGAAGCAGGCAGAGGAGCGUGGGGAAGACGCGGGGGCGACUGCUGCUGUGGCACUGUUGGCAGAGCAGCCGUGGAUCGACGAUGCCAAGGUCGUGUUCCAUCGGAUCUACAAUACCAAGUUCUCAUUCGAAACGUGCUGGAAACAACUGCGCUAUUCGGCCAAGUGGAUGCAGCUCUUUGCUAAUUCAAGCAGCUAUCCAGUGCUGACAGUCAACACUGCACCAGCUACACCGACGGCAGUGGCGGAGGAGCCAAUUGUCGCAGAGACGGCAGAGGUGCCGUCUGAUGCCAGCAACGAAGUCGAUGCCACGAAAGCCGAUCAACCCGCCACAAUGUGCACGGCGGCUGUGGCGUCUACCGCACCGAGUGUGACGACCUCGACACCUGCAGUAAGCGAGGCACCGACCUCUCCGACGACGGCUUCUGUUGCUGCAUCGGCGGCUUCAGCUUCACACGCUUCGGAUACGAAUGCGUUCAUCGUCCCGAAUCACAAGCGGCGAGCGGACAUGUCACUGGAGUCAUUUGCCCAGAUCCCGCACCACAACCAGUUACAGCGACUCACGAGCACGUUGGUGGACGAGCUCAAGCGACAGAAUGAUCUCAUGGAAGACCAGAAUGCCAUUGCGCUGCUAAAGAUUAACAGCGAGACGAUAACGGACGGAGAUACUCGACAGUGCUACCACAUGUUACGAGCGCGCUACUUGAAGAAAGCUUGCGAUAGUAGCCGAACAAGCACGUUGGUCUAG